GACCCAUCCACAGUCUAUACAACUUUAACCAGCCAGAGCAGAGGGGCGUGCACGCACAGAGCUGGUCUUUUCACACCAGCAGGGACACCGAGCACCCACCGAGAGAUUCACCAUGGCCUCAGCACCUUUUAUGUUGUGUUUUAUUUAUUUUUCGUUACUGUUUACUUCUGUAUUUUGCGACGCUGAUGCAGAAGAAGAUGAGCAUGCCAAGCAUACAUACACAGUGGAGAUGUUCAACGAGGCGGUGCCCACUGCACCCCACUUUGUCAUGUUUUACGCCCCAUGGUGCGGGCAUUGCCAGAGGUUGCAGCCAGCAUGGAAUGAACUGGGGGACAAAUACAACAGCAUGGAGGACCCCCCUGUGUAUGUGGUGAAAGUAGACUGCGUCCCGGACACCAAGUUCUGCUCAAAUGUCCACGGGGUCAGGGGCUACCCCACGCUGAAGUUGUUCAGGCCAGACCAGGAGGCAGUGAAGUACCAGGGGUCCAGAGAUCUAGAGUCUCUGGAGACCUGGAUGCUGAAGACACUCCAGGAGGAGCCUUCGGAACCAGAGAGUGAACCAGAGCCUCCUAAAAUCCCCGAGCCCAAACAGGGCCUGUACGACCUGACUGUUCUCAACUUCAAGGCACACAUAGCCAAAGGUGCCCAUUUUAUUAAGUUCUUUGCCCCAUGGUGCGGUCACUGCAAAGCCAUAGCCCCCACCUGGGAGCAGCUGGCCACCUCCUUCGAGCACUCUGAAGACGUCAAGAUAGGAAAGGUGGACUGCACUCAGCAGUACGAGGCGUGCUCUGACCACGGCGUGCGGGGAUAUCCCACACUGCUCUUCUUCUACAACGGACAGAAGGUAGAUCAGUUCAAAGGAAAAAGAGACCUGGACUCCUUCAAAGACUUUGUGGACAACCAACUGAAGGCUGUCGUCGCUCAGGAGCAAGAAAAGGAGCAAGGCAGUGAGCAAGAAAAGGAGCAAGGCAGUGAGAAAGAAAAGGAGCAAGGCAGUGAGGAAGAAAAAGCAAACGAGAUCCCCACUGAGGAGCCAGCCCAGGAGGAGGUGAAGUCCAGUGUGUUGGACCUCACAGAGAGCACCUUUGAAGAGUCAGUCGCCAAAGGACUCACCUUCAUUAAAUUCUAUGCUCCAUGGUGUGGCCACUGCAAGAACCUGGUUCCAACAUGGGAGGAUCUUUCCAAGAAGGAGUUUCCCGGCCUCACUGACGUCAAGAUAGCCAAAGUGGACUGCACUAUUGAGCGCACAAUCUGCAACAAGUACUCUGUUCAGGGUUACCCCUCUUUGAUCAUGUUCAAGGCGGGGGAGCAGGGAGAAGAGCAUAACGGUGGGCGGGACCUGGAGAGCCUGCACAGCUUCGUGAUGCGGCAGGCGAGAGACGAGCUGUAGGAACAGUGAAGACUCUCACCACUCUGCAUAUCUGGCCAGUAGGACUCCACUCUCUCUCCUACAGUAGCCCAACCUCUCUAUCUUUCUCUCCACUCGGUUCUCUUCAGACAGGAGUCGGCCAACGACGGACUGCAGUCUGUUCUUUCUCCAGUGUUAAAGACAGAAUGAUUCAGUGGAGUGUUUGGGACGUGAAUGUAUGCCUCAUUGCUGUGACCCAACUUUAAUCUCCUCAUAUGGAGAGUACCAUAAUAUUUGUUGGGUUUGCAAAUGAAGUAUUUCGGACAACCACUUUGCAAGCACUGCUCCAUCAAUCAGAACCAAUAUUCACACAGAUACAUGUCUUAAUGAAAUGGUUUCACAACAGGACAGAUGUCCAAGUUUCUGCUGUUUAAAAGUAAUUGUUUCUGAUGAACCUCUAAAGCCAUUGGACUUUUUGCAAAUGCUAAAUGUUAUAAAUGGGAUCUGUUGUAAAAUCACAAUUAUGGUACUGUCACCUAAAUGUGAAGUUAAGUGUUGAAUUGAGGGUUUUUAUUUUCAAGCCAGUGAUGGCCUAUCUGACUUAACUCUCAGGGAACCUCCCCCCAGCUUCCCUCUCUCCUCUCCUUCAGGGUCUCAGGCCUGGACCACGUUGACCCAGGUUAUGUGAAGAGUAUCGGGCAUCUUUUAUUGUCUAACCCAGGUAUAAACAGUCAAACACAGCAGUUCUUUUGUCAGUAAAAGUUUUUAUGGAUAGCACAUGGUCUAAGGAACUCCAGUGACAGAAGUAUUUUUUUCCUUGCGAGUCAUGGGUGCACUACCCAUGGAUUUUGUACAAAAAGAGUGAAUAAUGGCAAGUUGUAACAUGAGAUUUCAUAAUAAAAAAAGAUUAAAAAAUA